AUGGGGUUGACGAAGGAUGUAGCUCUGAAACCUCAGGAACGCGUGGAGAAGCGACAGAACCCUCUGGCCAAGAAGAAACGGGAAGCACUUACUAAUGGGCUGUCAUAUCUUCCAAAAAAGAACAGAUUUCACCACCACCAGUACAGCUCCGACCGAGAGAAUGAUCGUAAUCUUUGCCAGCACCUUGGGAAGAGGAAGAAAAUACCGAAGGGCCUCAGACAGCUCAAGCCAGGUCAAAACAGUUGCAGAGACAGUGACAGUGAAAGUGCCAGUGGGGAAUCAAAAGGUUUCCAUCGAAGUAGCUCUCGGGAAAGACUCAGUGACAGCUCAGCUCCAUCCAGCUUGGGAACAGGCUACUUUUGUGACAGCGACAGUGAUCAAGAAGAAAAGGCAUCUGAUGCCAGCUCUGAAAAACUGUUCAACGCUGUUACAAGUAAAGAUAAAGAGUUGGGAGUCAGCACGCCAGCUGAACAUGCCGACCCUGGUGCUAGGGGCCCAGCUGUCCCCAAAAUAUCAGGAUUAGAACGCAGCCAAGAGAAGAGCCAGGACAGCAGCAAAGACCCCAUCCUUGAGCCUGUGGUGCCUAAAGACCCUUGUCCUCAGGUCACGCAACCUCUGGCCCCCAGCAGCAGAAGCAGCACUCCUGCCAAGACUCAGGCCCCUCCUCCACACAUCUCUCACCAUCCCUCAGCCUCCCCGUUCCCCCUCUCCCUGCCCAGCCACAGCCCCCUGCACACCUUCACGCCCACCCUCCAGCCCCCCGCGCACCCCCAUCACCCCAAUAUGUUUGCCCCUCCUACGGCUCUGCCUCCUCCACCUCCAUUGACGUCAGGGACACUGCAGGUUCCAGGACAUCCAGCUGGUAGUACCUACUCAGAACAAGAUCUUCUGCGUCAGGAGCUCAACACGCGGUUUCUGGCCUCGCAGAGCGCGGAUCGUGGGGCCUCCCUGGGCCCGCCCCCCUACCUGAGGACCGAGUUCCACCAGCACCAACACCAGCACCAGCACACGCACCAGCACACACACCAGCACACCUUCACGCCUUUCCCUCACGCCAUCCCACCCACUGCCAUCAUGCCGACGCCAGCACCGCCCAUGUUUGACAAAUACCCUACAAAAGUUGACCCCUUCUACCGUCACAGUCUGUUUCACUCCUAUCCUCCAGCUGUAUCAGGUAUUCCACCCAUGAUUCCUCCAACUGGUCCCUUUGGCUCACUACAAGGAGCCUUCCAACCCAAGACUUCCAAUCCUAUUGAUGUUGCAGCCAGACCUGGAACUGUCCCACAUACCCUUCUACAAAAAGAUCCACGGUUGACAGAUCCGUUCAGGCCCAUGUUGAGGAAACCUGGGAAGUGGUGUGCUAUGCAUGUUCACAUCGCCUGGCAGAUCUACCAUCACCAACAGAAAGUCAAGAAACAGAUGCAGUCUGAUCCACACAAGCUGGACUUUGGCCUGAAACCUGAAUUUCUGAGCAGGCCACCAGGCCCCAGCCUUUUUGGAGCCAUCCACCACCCCCAUGACCUGGCCCGGCCCUCCACUCUCUUCUCCACAGCCAGUGGGGGUCAUCCAGCUGGCACCCCUUUCGGCCCACCACCUCACCACAGCAACUUUCUCAACCCAGCUGCUCACUUAGAGCCCUUCAACCGGCCGGCCUCCUUCAGCGGGCUGACGGCGGUGGGGAGCAACGCCUUCGGGGGACUGGGGAACCCCACAGUCACACCCAACUCAAUGUUCGGCCACAAGGAUGGCCCCAGUAUGCAGAGCUUUAGCAACCCUCACGAGCCCUGGAACCGACUGCACCGAACUCCUCCUUCGUUCCCGACCCCUCCGCCCUGGCUGAAGCCAGGAGAGCUGGAGCGCAGUUCAUCUGCUGCAGCUCAUGACAGAGAUAGAGAUGUAGAUAAACGAGACUCAUCUGUUAGUAAAGAUGACAAAGAAAGGGAGAGCAUUGAGAAAAGACACUCCAGCCACCCUUCGCCAGCACCUAUCCAUCCAGUCAACUCCCUCGGACAUACUCGCAGCUCAAAUGAGCAGAUGAGGAGCCAUCUGAACCCCGAGGCUCGAGACAAAGAGAAGCCCAAGGAACGCGAGAGGGAUCACCCCGAAUCUCGGAAGGAGAUGAAUGUUGAAGAGCACAAGGUGAAGGACAACUAUAUUUCAGAGAAGGAAGGCCUGAGCCAUGACAGCCGAGUGGUGGAAGAGUCUAAGCAAAUGUCCAGGGUUCCUUCACCCUAUACCAGGCCCCCCGUUGUGGAGAGCACCAGGCCUAACAGUACUUCAAACCGUGAGGUGGAGAGGAAGAAUGAGCCGGCGUACGAUAAUCCCAAGAAAAGCAAUGAAGUCAAAGUGAAGGAGGAGCGAAAGGAAGACCAUGAUGUUCAGCCUGAGGGACCUCAGACUCAUAGGUCAUCUGACCAGCCACCACCUAUAUCUACAUCAAAUGUCCAUCCAAGUCCUUUAGUGUCUAUGCCCAUGACUGUAGGUGUAAGUGGCAUCCAUCACAUGAACAGCAUCAGUGGCCUGGAUAGGACUCGCAUGAUGACCCCUUUUAUGGGAAUUAGCCCAAUUCCUGGUGGAGAACGUUUCCCCUAUCCUUCUUUCCACUGGGAUCCAAUGAGAGAUCCUUUAAGAGAUCCUUACAGAGAGCUGGAUAUUCAUCGGAGAGACCCCCUGGGCAGAGACUUUUUGCUAAGAAACGACCCCCUUCACCGUCUUUCUACGCCGAGAUUAUAUGAAGCAGACAGGUCAUUCAGGGAUCGAGAACCUCACGACUAUAAUCACCACCACCAUCACCACCACCCUCUCUCUGUUGACCCUCGACGUGAGCACGAGAGGGGCAACCACCUGGAUGAGAGGGAGAGGUUGCACAUGCUCAGAGAGGACUACGAACACGCGCGCCUGCACUCGGUUCAUCCUGCCGCCCUGGACGGGCACCUGCCUCACCCGAGCCUCAUCACACCUGGACUUCCAAGCAUGCACUACCCCAGGGUCAGUCCCCCAACAGGACACCAAAAUGGCAUCCUCAAUAAAACUCCCCCCACAGCAGCUCUCAGUGCCCCUCCACCUCUUAUUUCUACUCUGGGACCUCGGCCUGGGUCUCCCAGAAGGACUACUCCUCUGUCAACAGAGAUGAGGGAGAGGCCUCCUUCUCACACCCUCAAGGACAUUGAGGCUCGAUAAGCAGAGUGAGACUGAAUAAAAAACAGAAAAAGAGGGGAAGAACCUUGUAAAUGAACAUAAUAUAAAGACCUUCUUACUAGUCAUGGAUACAGACUGGGGAUGUGACCCCCUGUACAAUAUGUAUAGAUCCGAGUGCAAAGAUUUUGAAAUGGUUUUUUUGUAUA